AUAAUAGAAGAAAGUGAGAGGAGAAAAAAAAAAUAAAAAAAUAAUGUGUGUGUGUGACAAUAUAAAUACAGUGAGUGUGGAAAGUUCAUUGAACAUUAGUUUUCUCUGUUAUAGAAAAGAGUGCCCCUGGGGUGCUUUUCCAAGAAAAAAAAAACUACUCUAUGCACUAGAACUAAUAUAACUUCAAUUCUCAUUAAUAGGAUAGCUGUUAAUUUGUUGAAAGUCAUAGUGGAUAUAGCAAAAUCAUGGAGCAACUACAAAGAAAACUAGCUGAGUAUACUACUUCCUUGUACAAUGAGAACAUUCUGGAUGAGCAGUUUAUACAACUGCAACAACUUCAAGAUGAGAGCAAUCCAGACUUUGUGGUGGAAGUUGUGUCCCUUUUCUUUGAAGAUUCUGAAAGGCUUCUUAAUGAACUUGCCAAAGCUCUCAAUCAGGCUAAUGUAGAUUUCAAGAAGCUGAAUGCUCAUGUUCAUCAAAUGAAAGGCAGCAGCUCUAGCAUUGGUGCACAAAGAGUUCAGCGAGCGUGCAUUGCCUUCCGUAAUUAUUGUGAUGACCACAACGUUGAAGGGUGCUUAAAAUGUUUGCAACAAGUAAAGAAUGAGUAUACCCUUGUCAAGAACAAGCUCGAAGCUUUAUUUAAGCUGGAGAAACAAUUUGUGGAUGCGGGAGGAUCAUUUCCGAUUGUGUGAAUAUCCAAGAAUAUGAAUUAUGUGGAAUUCAAUUAUAUGCUUAAUUAAUUGCAAGUUUAAUUAGAAUUUCUUUGAAUAUGUUGUUCAUUAGAAAGUGUUCGUGAUGAUAUAUAUAUAUAUAUAUAUCGGGCUUUGGUUCUUUUUCUUCGAAUGUAUAAUCAAUGAAAAUGAAGAUCAGAUCAAGAACUUCAUUAUAGUUAAUUAGCCAUCUUCUUUUAUUAUUAGCAGUGUAAAUGAGUCAAAUUUCCACUUAAUAAAAGCUUGGUUGUAUGCA